GUGCAGUGUACUCAUUACACGUCGCCAAGGUUUCACAUUGCGCGCGCGUUCGUGUGCGCGUUCACAUCGGCUAUUGUGUUUUUAUCAACAAGGCGACCACCGUGGCCCUACGGGUAGCUGAGCUGGCCAAGGGAACGACAAGGGAUUGCCAAACCAUGGCGGACGAACAAGAAAUAAUGUGCAAAUUGGAAAACAUCUUGGAAAUACGGAACAAGACUGUCCAGAUGCAGAAGAUCAAGUCUCGUCUUAAGAUUGAGUUUGAAGCUCUGGAGUCUGAGGAGAAGCAUCUGAAAGAGUACAAACAAGAGAUGGAUCUGCUUCUGCAAGAGAAAAUGGCACAUGUGGAGGAGCUGCGGCUCAUCCAUGCUGAUAUCAAUGUGAUGGAGAGCACCAUCAAGCAGUCAGAGAAUGACCUGAAUAAGCUGCUAGAAACCACUCGCCGCCUGCAUGAUGAGUACAAACCUCUGAAGGAGCAUGUCGAUGCACUCAGGAUGACUUUAGGCCUACACAGACUCCCGAACCUGAAUGAAGAGGAGGAGAAGCUCUCUCUGGAUUACUUUGAGAAGCAAAAAGCAGAGUGGCAAAAGGAACCGCAUGAGCCUGCGAUCCCAGAAUCCCUUGCUGCCGCUGCGGCAGCAGCACAGCAGCUGCAGGUGUCCAGGAAGCAGGAUGCACGCCAAACAGCCACCUUCAGACAGCAACCCCCUCCUAUGAAGGCUUGCUUGUCCUGCCACCAGCAGAUUCAUCGUAAUGCUCCCAUCUGUCCAUUGUGUAAGGCCAAGAGCCGUUCCCGCAACCCAAAGAAGCCCAAGAGGAAGCCAGAUGAGUAGAUUGAACUUUACUUUCAGCUGAAGUACAGUUUAAAGGGACCUGGCCCAAUGCACUGAUCUAAGGUCAGCCAUGUACUUUAAACAUAUGGCUGAAGUAGCAGAUCUGUGCUUCAGGACAAUUUCCACAAACUGUCCCCACCUUAUCAAGUCGUCUUCGUACAUUUUUCAUAAACUGGAAACAAUUGAUCAAGAUCUGGUAAUGUCAUUCUGUUGUUUGUUUUUAUCAGUGCUUUGGGUGUGUUUAUAUGUAAUUGUAUGACUUCUAUAGUAGGUUUACUAGUCCCUAAACAUAUAACUGCAAUAAUGCAAACAGGAACUUAGUAAAACAAUUCUACCCAUGUUGCUAUCAUGUAUUGCCUUAGAUAAUGUACUGUUCUUUCAUUUUUUUACAUUUUUUUUGCAAUGCAUGCAUGCUUCCAUGGCUGUCUGUUGUGUAUUUUUUGUGCCAAUAUAAAAUUUGAAUAUGUUAAAUUGCAAUGUUAAAUUAAACAUUGUUGUUUUAAUGUUUACAGUGUUCAGGUGACCAGACUGGAGAAAAAAAAGGCCAGACUCACUUGCUCUGAAUAGUGUUGUGUGUUUAACUUUAAUACAGUGAUAAUAAAAUAAAUGGCUGUUUUGUA